AUGAGCAACCCAAACAACAACGUCAAUUCCAUUGGUGGCAAUCCAAACGCCUCGCAGUACCGCGCCAAGCUGAUGCAGCAGCAGCUCGCUGCCAUGCAAGUCGCUGCAGCUGCAGGGGGGAGUGCAGGGGGAGCUGCAUCCAAUGGAAGUCCAGCGCCAAAUGUAGCAGCAGCGAAUUCUCCAGCUUCAACUGUUGCCGCUGCUGCUGCGAGGCCGCAACAAAUGCAGCAGGGCGGCAUCGGGGUAGCUGGCCUACCGCCGGGCAUUGCGUCCACGCCUCAGCAGGCGCAGCUCAUGGCCCAGGCCAUCAACAUUCUCCAACAGCAGUUCCCAGCAGUAGCAGCGCAGUUCUUCAAAGACCUGAGAGAAGGGAGGAUCCCGCAUCAUGAGGUGCAAAGCCGCGUCGCACAGUUAUUGCAAAGCAAUAUCGGGCCAGCAGGACAAGCGCAGAACCGAUCGCUGCCGGUUCAGUCGGGUGCAGCAGGAGGGCAAGGGCCUUCGACACCACUUGCGGCGCAGGGAGCCGCCCGUCCGCCAGCUGUAAGCAACACCCCGGCUCGUCUCGCACAAGCAGCAAAUUUGAAUCCAGCACAGGCUCUUCAGCAACAAUCAGAGAAGCUAAAGAAGCUCCAGGCCAUCGGAACCAACCUGAACCAGCAGGUGCAUAACUUGCAAACACGUCUAAAUGCGCUGCCCGCCGACUCACCAGACCGACAAGGCGUCCAGACGCAGUUGCAAGAGCAUCAUCGCCAUGUGCAGCAGGUGCGUAAUGAGUUUGAGCGGCAGAAAGGAAUCUUUGAACAGCAAAAAGCAAUCCUGCAAGCUGCUGCGGGUCAGCGAAGCCAGCCUGGUACACCAGGAUCGCCAGCAGUACGGCCACUAGCUCAACAACCGCCUUCGCAGACGGCGUCACCGAGGGUAGGGACCGGCUCACCGGUGCCACCACCAGCUGCUGCCGCUGCUAUCGCUCCCAGUGCACCAGCCACAGGACCUGCUCCAGCUUCGAGCUUGAGCUCGGGACCAAGUACGGGUGCGAACGCCAGGCAAAACAGUGUUGGGGCCGGCAGUGCAGGGCCAGGCACGCCCACAGCCGCAGUUGCGCCAGGCUUAACGAACGGGGUGACCGUGCCGUCAUCUACUGCCGGUGGCAAAACGCAGAGUAAUGUGCCUCCGACCCCAUCGUCCACGACAUCCAAUCCGCACAUUAACAAUGCUCUCACGUCCCAGUCUACGUCUGGGACAACAGGGCUACUGAACCAGGUCCAGAUUCCCCCGAACCUCGACCACAUCCGCCCUUCAAGCGGCAUCAAUCAACCACAAGCAUUCCCGAACGCCAAAGGCGCCCGACCGACGCUCAAUCAAGGGUUGGCCAGUGGCAGCGCCAUGGUCGGCACUCCAGCCAUGCUGAAGCGGCCAGAGAUGAUGGCGACAAGCCACACAGCGGGCGUCGGAGCUGGAAGUACGACAACUGCAUCAACAGGGCCAAGUGCUGGGCCAACUGCAGCAGCCACCGCCGUGGCGCAGACAACAUGGGAGGGACUACUCAACGUUCCUGUAGAUCGCAGGAGUCUACCUGCAGACGACGGCUUUGGCAAUCUGGACGCUGCCGGUGGCGCGAGCAGCGGCAUCUCAGGCGCGAUCGCGACAGGAGCAGCGACUUCCGGUGGCUCGACGAUGCGACCGACCGGAAGGAUGAUUGAGAAGCGCAAGAUUCAGGAACUUGUCGGUGAUAUCGACCCUACUGAGGUCUUAGAGGGCGAUGUUGAGGAUCUUUUCCUUGAACUGGCCGAUGAGUUCAUCGAGAGCGUAACACAAUUCGCAUGCCGCCUCGCCAAGCACCGCAAGUCUGAUCGAUUGGAAGUGAAGGAUAUCCAGCUGCAUCUCGAGCGCAACUGGAACCUGCGCGUGCCGUUCCCCGGUUCGAUGCCGAUCGCUGGUCCGCGGCCACGUGGGACAGGCGCCGCUGCGGGUGGAGGACCGGGCGGAGGAGGGGGCGCAGGUGCAGGUGGGAGGGGGGCUUAA